GAGAUAAUUCAUUCUUCUCUCUUAUGUACUUCAGGAUGACAAACCUUCCUGUGGGGAAGUUUCUCUCCUCAUUGUUGACAAUGAAAAUCUAAAUAAUGGGCUUAACUAGGUGUUAAGUUCUUUCAAAUAGUUUAAAAUUCUCCCUGACUUAAAUACUCUCUAAUAUCUGUUGGGCAAACACUUAAAACUGUGGCUGUGCUUAUAUUUUUUUCAGAUGGACCCUAAUAGAAUUUCAAAAGAAGAUGCACACUGUGUAAGAACAUUUUUAAGAGCUCAAGGAAGUACAGAUUUGCAAGAGACACCAUUUGAAAGUCAAGAAGCAAAGUUAAUGCCUGACUCAUGUGGAAGUAUGAAACAAGCUCUCCAAAGGGCUGUACAGAAGGAAGUGCAGCGUGUCAUGGGAAGAGAACUACCAAGACCAGAAAAAGCUGCAAUGCAAGCCUUAGGAAUGGAUCUCUACAAGAGAAGUAAACCUGAGAAGCAACCUUUUGCCCAUCUUAUUAUUGAUGAUAAGAAUAUUCCAUCUGGAACUCGCAAAGUGAACCUUACAUCCUGGCAUCAUGACAAAGGCCAGGCAAACUUAUCAAAUAUGACAUUCAGUGAUGGAAAACUAAUUGUUAAUCAAGAUGGAUUUUACUAUCUUUAUGCCAACAUUUGUUUUAGACAUCAUGAAACAUCAGGAAACCUGACUAAAAGAGGGCUUCAGCUGAUGGUGUAUAUGACUAAGACAAACCUUAAGAUAAGACGCUCGGAUGUCUUGAUGAAGGGAGGAAGCACCAAAUACUGGUCGGGGAAUUCAGAAUUUCAUUUUUAUUCUGUAAAUGUAGGAGGUUUUUUUAAAUUAAAAUCUGGUGAAGUGAUAAGUAUCCAGGUAUCAAACCCAUUGCUACUAGAUUCUUCCCAAGAAGCAACUUACUUUGGGGCAUUUAAAGUAAGGGAUUUAGACUGAAUCCUUCUGUCUUUAAUGUGUGUUAUUUUUUCCCUGGGACUCCUUUAAAAAAAAAAAAAAAAAAGAUGGUGUUUAUAGUUGUCCCAAAUCAACUUGAAGACAAGAAAUCUCUUAGGUCUCAGUUGCAUUUGUAUAAGCCACGUAUCGUCCCUGAAAGACACAUUUUACCCUGCGCUAACUCUAUGCCCACGAAUGCACAGAAGGGCAAAAUUACACAGUUCUCCUGAUUCAGUCUUAUCCCAGUUUUGCUUCAUAUAACUCCCCUGGCUUCAGUAGAGUCAUUGUGACUUUUACAUUGGUGUAAUUGAAAUCAGAGCUAUUAAUAUUACUGAAUUUGGAUUUCCAAAUUUUGCCCUGACUUUCUCUACAAACUGUGCUAUUCUGUUCACUUUGAUGCAAAUGUAGAGCAGGACAGAGUUUGGCUCCAGACUUGGAUUUGGGGCUUUGUUUUGCUCGGGACUGAGGACUUUGAUCCUGAGACAGCAAAGAUGGCAAAGGUACGACUAAGUACAUCGUAUUUGAUGUGGCCUUUAAUAUCCUUAAAGUUAAGCUUGUUCUUGCUUUGCUGGACAAGGACUGGAAAACUCAGGCCCUGGCAGAAAAUUAUAGAGCACCUAAGCAGUUCAAAUUUAGUUUUACCUGAUUCAUAGGGCUAUUCUAGGGAGAGGGGAAAAGGUCUGACCUCGCAAUUCUAAAAGGUUGAUUACAGGUCUUUUUUAUUAUCCUUGCACAGCUAAUUGCAAAUAUAGAUUGCCAAAGUAUCGUGUCGCUUUAAAGUGUUAAUUGUGCCAGAACCUGCAAAAACAUUUUUUAGACAAAAAGUAUGUAUUUUUAUAUUCUGUAAUAUCUAAAGUUAUAUUUCAGGUGUAAUGUUUUGUGUAAAAAAUGUAAAUUAUAUUGUCCUAUAGUAUGUGAUACAAAAUAUUUAAAAUCUCUUGCUGUUUGUAUAUUUAAUGUUUUAAACUGUUUUUAAUGUACAGACAUGUUAAACUGGUGCACUUUUUAAUCCCAAUGGGAAAAAUUGCAGCUAAAAGAGGUUGUUUGCAAUUAGCAAAUGUAAUAUAUUUCUUUAUUCUUUUUAACUUAAUGGAUUUCUGUUAAACUUGUCAGUAUUAUCAGGGGAAAAAAAAUCACACCAAUGUCAUGAAUAAUUACACCAGAAUGCUGGUCACUGGGUGCCUUUCAGACUUGGAGGGUAAUUGAUAUUACAAAGCUGGCAUUACUUAAAGUACAUAAUAGGCCACAUUAUGUCUUAAAGAUACUAUAGUUAUGGAACAGGCAUUUUUUCCUACCACGAAUUCUGCAAAUUGUAAAUUAUAUAAUUGAGUAAUGACUUUUAGCCUAGUUUUCUGAAAAAAUGAAGCUUAUGCCAUUGCAUUACCUGUCCCUAUCUCCCCUUCUAACUCUUUGCACUUUUCUGCCGGAUUUGGCAGAUGAAUGGCAGUGUUAAGAGAUUCUUACAGGUUUUAUGAGAACUGACAGCUGAGAAUAACUCAGCCAUUUUACAUUAUUUGUCAGUGGCUGGCCACUGUUCAUAUUAGCCAACCAGUUAAUAUGGGAAAACUCCUAGUUAGCCGCUAUGUGUAUUGUCUCUUGUAUAGUUGCUUGGCCAAAAAAAUGUAGUUAGGAAGAAUCUGAGGAUGGGUGGUAUGGGAAGAGCUGCACAUACCGUGGGUAUUUAGGGCAUAUCUGGGCAGGGAACAGCAGCUGUUGGGAAAGGAGUUAAGAGGGAGGUUUUAGGGGUAUUUCAUUCUGGGUGCUGAUAGGAUGUGCGGAAAACCUAUUUAAUGCAGUAGGAAUCGCAGAAGGCAAAAGACUCAAAUCUGUAAGAAAUGAGGCUUCAUAGAACUCCUCAGAGGCUUUUUUUUUAUAAGAAACAGAGUUGAA